AUGACAUUUUCAGGACUUUGUAGGGCUAUAAAUCUUAAAGGAGACGAAACAGUAAUUGCAACAACAACAAUUAUUGGUGCAUUUGCAGCACCUAGUGUUCUAGAUAAUAAAAUCGAAAAUAGUGAAAAUGAUAGUUUCUCACGUGUUGCUAAAUUUAUCGGUCAUUGUGCUGAUACGGAUGAUGUCGCAACUUGUUUAGCUGUUAAAGGUAUAACUGCAUUAAAUCGGGCGGCUAAAAGUAGUAAUAUUGAAAUAUUACCGGGAAUUACCUUUACAAGGGAACAGAGUGAAUCGGUACGUAGUGGUAAAUCAUUAUCAGAGAAUGAAAUAAUGACAACAUUACCAAAAGAAAAUGAAGAAAAAACUGGUCGUUUAUUAGAUUUGGCAUUAGAUUCAGCUAUCGAAUUCUUUAAAACUCAUACAUUACAAAUUAAAGUACCACAAGAAACAACACAAGAUUUUGCACGUGCUAUUGAAGAAGGAAGAAAAGGUGGUGGAAAAAUGAAAAAAAUUAUGGGACCUUUAAUGAUGGCUGUUGGUGCUAAAUUAAUUGCAAUGAUACCAAUUUUCCUUGGUGGAUUAGCUUUAUUAGCUAUUAAAGCUGUUGUUGUUGCUAAAAUUGCAUUCGUUAUGGCAAUCCUAUUAGGAGCAUCAAAAUUAUUUGCUGGUGGUGCCGGUGGUGUAUUAGGAAAAUUAGGCGGCGGUACUGGUUAUAAUAAUGCCGGAUGGAAUAGUGGAUGGAGUGGUGCACAAGGUACUGGUGGAUGGACAGCUGCUGGUACUGGCGGUUAUCCAUAUGCUCGUAGUUACGAUACACAAGAAGCACAAGAUAUCGCCUAUAGAGGACAACAACAAAUCCAACAACAAUAA